ACACCGCCCUAGUCCCAGCCGAGGCGGCCGCUCUCGCCGGCGUCGAGGGCGUGGCGGCCAGGCUGCUGCUGCCUGCGGCUCCCGGCUCUGUCUUCGGCCCCGCCCGCCGCCCACCAGGUUCCCGGAGGCCCCGCAGCUCGCGCCGCCCGGCUCCCCGCAGCCCCGUCGGGCAGCCCGGGCCCGUCCGCUUUCCUCCCGGCUCCCGUCCUGCGGCGGCGGGGCGUGCAGGUGAGGCCCCACCGUCCCCGGCCUCCCCAGCAGUGGGUGCCUGAUAGACAUCCUGGGACUAUACAGACGGAAAAGGCCCACUUUGGGGGAUAAUGCUGAGGGACACUAUGAAAUCUUGGAAUGAUAGCCAGUCAGAUCUGUGUAGCACUGACCAAGAAGAGGAAGAAGAGAUGAUUUUUGGUGAAAACGAAGAUGAUUUGGAUGAGAUGAUGGAUUUAAGUGAUCUGCCUACCUCACUUUUUGCUUGCAGCGUCCAUGAAGCAGUGUUUGAGGCACGAGAGCAGAAGGAAAGAUUUGAAGCACUCUUCACCAUCUAUGAUGACCAAGUUACUUUUCAGCUGUUUAAAAGCUUUAGAAGAGUCAGAAUAAAUUUCAGCAAACCUGAAGCGGCAGCAAGAGCACGAAUAGAACUCCACGAAACAGACUUCAAUGGGCAGAAGCUAAAGCUGUAUUUUGCACAGGUGCAGAUGUCCAGUGAAGUGCGGGACAAGUCCUAUCUCCUGCCGCCCCAGCCUGUCAAGCAGUUCCUCAUCUCCCCUCCAGCCUCUCCCCCGGUUGGGUGGAAGCAGAGCGAAGAUGCAAUGCCUGUUAUAAAUUACGAUUUACUCUGUGCUGUUUCCAAAUUGGGACCAGGAGAGAAAUACGAACUUCACGCGGGAACGGAGUCAACACCCAGCGUGGUGGUUCAUGUCUGUGAAAGUGAAACUGAAGAGGAAGAAGAAACAAAAAACCCCAAACAGAAAAUUGCCCAGACGAGGCGCCCCGACCCUCCGACCGCAGCACUGAAUGAGCCCCAGACCUUCGAUUGCGCGCUGUGAGGCCCUUGGUUGUGGUGUGAGGCGCCUGCCCUGGUGGGCUCCGGCCAUGGUGAUCUGUGCCCGCGGCCGAUGCGUUGCUGCGAACAGCAUAGGUGAGACUCUGCAGAGUGAGGUAUAGGUCUUCUCACCACGCCUGUACUGCAGACACGGUCGUGUAGAGUAACAGCUGAUUUGACCUGUCCCAGAUUUUAAGUAAUAUUCCAAAAGGGACUUUACACUAAAGGAGAAGCCCCCAAGUUUUAAAUAGUAACAAAUUAGGAAAACAGCUUCCCUCCCGUCCAGCCACGUAAGUCCUCCUGAUUCUGUAUCACGUGAGACACCAAAAACUGGAACUGUAGUCACACCCAGUACAGUACCAUUUUUAUGAAUUUAAAAAUAGUCUUAUAAUUUUAA